UUGGAUUCAGUUCCAUUGAUUAACAACUGGAUAAUGGAAGACGUGUCAGGCAGAGCCUCUACCCUUUCCUCCUUCGCGAUUUGGUUCGAUUACGAGUGGGUUUCACUUUCACUAAGAACUACGACCGAACAAUUAAACAUAUAUAAGAAAUUCAGAGAUUAAAGUUCCCAAGAUUCCAAUCAAAGUCUAACCGACGGAUUCAGUCAAUUAGCUACCGUUCUAUUCAGUCAAUGUUAGUUGCUGCGUAUGAUAAUCAAACGAACCAAAACUCAAAUCAAAAGCCUGUCUUUGGUGGUGAUCUUCCAGAACGCACUCAAGAAACUUGACCCGACAAGUCCAGAAUUCAGAAGCUUCCUUCCAAGACAAACCUCGGCCUUGCACCAUUUGAUGCAAUCCCCAACCCUGUUCUCCAUUGCUUCCAAAUAUGGCUACCCCAUUUCUGGCUGGACUUGCAGUCGCUGCGACAGCUCUAGCCGGUAGAUAUGGAAUUCAGGCUUGGCAAGCGUUUAAGGCACGUUCGCCAAAAUCUAGAACCCGAAAGUUUUAUGAAGGUGGCUUUCAACCUAAAAUGACCAGAAGGGAAGCAGCUCUUAUCCUGGGCAUUAGAGAAAAUGUAACUGCAGACAAAGUUAAGGAAGCACAUCGAAAGGUUAUGGUAGCAAACCAUCCUGAUGCCGGUGGUAGCCACUAUCUUGCUUCUAAAAUCAAUGAAGCGAAAGACGUCAUGCUUGGGAAAAAAAGAGACAGUGGAUCCCCAUUUUGACGCAGUUGAUGAUUCUUGAUGAGCAUUGGCAAUGUUCAUUCCUCAGAGCUUUACUGUCUUAAUGUUUUUUGAUAUGCAUAUGGCAAGAAAGGCAAAUCUUAUGCGGGAAUCAACACCAGCAAUACAUUGAUUCCCUUGUCUCAGACAUCGAAGGUUUCAAGUUUUGACCUACUUGCACUACCCCUAUGGCUGGUGAAAGCUCUAGAAAGUAGAAACUGUAACAGACACAUGUCUAUAGUUCCCUUUCAUUUGAUUAUAGGUACAAUAAAUUGUGAUGGAGUUAAAAUGACCCAAGCUUGAGGGUUUUAGAUUUAACAUGUGACACCAUUUUUGUCGACUGUAACUUGAAUUUGAUCUGGAUCAUUUGUUGGGAUUCAUUUGUUUGCUUUGCACUUGGCAUAUUUCAUGACCGGAGCCACAUAUAUAACAUGGGCUCAACUUAAA